GUUGUCAUUUUACAAUAACGCUGUACUGAUGCCCAGUUAAAAAUACUCAUAUUUACAUAAAUUUUCCUGUUUAUCUAUCAAGUUCUGUGUGUUAUCCUGUUUAUAAUAAACAGUGCAAGAUGUCCAGAGUGAAAAUAUGUCGUAUAUGCCUCUCUACUGAUGUUAAAAUGUAUGAUUAUGAUCAAUUUCAGUUGAAGAGUUUUUACGAACAGAUUAUGGCUACUAAAGUCAAUGAAAAAGCAGGCUUACCAAAAUAUUUCUGCUAUCAGUGUGCCGCACUACUGCAUAAGUUCCACAAGUUUAAAGAGAAGUGCUAUAUAGGCCAGAAGGCUCUCAAAGAAAUCAUUUGGAAUGGUCCGCUCACAAAAAAAUCUGUCCGCAAAAUAGACAGAGAAAGCAAAAACCUUCACACACCAAUCAGCAUAAUAACCAUAAACAAGAGAGUUAAAACCUGCGUAGUUAAGACCUCAGCCAAACUUAAAUUUAGUGAAAGAGUACCUCUAGAAGUAGACGUGGGCUCCUUAAGCGAUGACGGAGAUUUCGGAGACGAUAACUAUGAAGACAGCAAAGAGCAUUUAGUUGAAGAAGUAGACAUAGAAAAAAUAGACAUUAAAGAAAAUAAAGAAGAUAAUAUAGAACCGGAAAAGAUAGAAAAAGACAAACCUUUUGAUAUUGAUUUAGAAGAAAAAAUACCAACGGAAAAGAUAUUUGAAAUAGACAAAGGUUUUAGCGACGAUGACAUGCCAAGUGAUAAUGAAAAGGUCUUUGUAGAUGACAUUAAAAUUAUCACAGAGGAUGAAGAAGAAUUUGAGGUUAAAGAACCGGUUAAAAAGAAGAGAACGAGAAAUGGUGGGAAUAGUAAAAAGAAAAAAGCUAAGGAGACUAUACCUAAAGAGAAAAAGUUUGCAGUUAAAACUACUAAAAAGGCCGAAAUGGAUCCUAAUAACUGGCUGAAAAUAAAUUUGACUGAGGAAGAGGCUGAUGCUGAGUUUAAGGCUAGAGGGCAGCACAAGAGGUACUUGAAUGCUCAGUACAAAUGUACUGAUUGUCUGAAAGGGUUUUCGAAAGAGGAUAUGUUGAAGAGGCAUACUAAAUUAAGGCAUAGUGAGUCUAACGGCCCAAUAGAGUGUCGCUUCUGCCACAUGCGGUUCAAAUGGAAAUGCUUCCUGAACAAGCACAUGAGACAACACUACACCAAGUACAAAUGUCUGCGCUGUGACCUUGUGUGUCCUUUAGAAACGACAGCACUGUUCCAUGAAGAAUAUCACAAUGGUGUUACAAGGAAAUGUGAUCAUUGUGGCGAAGAAUUCAAGCAUCUAACAACAUACUACACCCACUUACGCACACAUAGAAGCGAACACGUGUGCACUCUAUGCGGCGCUUCAUUCGUCAGCGUUACCGGACUCGGCAUACAUAAGAAGAUUAAACAUGUUAAUGCUGAUUCUGAGCUACCUCAAGGCGAGGAGCAAUACUGCCAGCGCUGUGACGUGAAGUUCGAGACGCGCAAGGCGUACGAGGAGCAUCUCAUACACUCCGCCAUGCAUGUCGACGGCAUUGAAGACUUAGAAAUAAAUGCACCUAUCACUUGUAACCCCAGGAAACGCCGCCAGAAUCUCAAGAGGCUGACUCGCAUACCCACCGACUGCCAUAUUUGCGGCAAGCACUUCGCGACACAAGCCGCGUGCCGCAAGCAUCACCUGGCGGAGCACCCGCGCACGUCGUUCUUCGCGCCCAACGAGCGACACAUCUGCGAGAUCUGCGGCAUGUCGCUAGCUCCGGGCAGCGUAUCCAGCCAUCUUAACACCCAUACACGGGAGAAACUUUAUACUUGCAACACUUGUGGUCGACAGUUUAGCAGCAAGGGCGGCAUGACCACGCAUCAACUGACCCACACGAGUGAGAAGCCAGUAGCGUGCACGUUAUGUGACAAACGUUUCAAGCAAGUCAGCAGUAUGAAGCUGCACUACCGCACCUUCCAUCUCAAGGAGCCCUAUCCUAAGAGGAAUAGAAAAAAGAAAACAGACGAGCUAUCAAAGGAUGAGUAUGGCCACGAGGAUUCAGACGACAAUAUGACGCUUGAUAACUUUUACGCGCGAAAAUAUUGAUAAGUGCUACAAAUAACUGUAAGUUAUUAUUAAUAAUGUAUUUAUGAACGUAUUUCUGCUAUUGAGCCUGGGUUACACCUACAUUCAUUUUAUCAUCUGCCAAGAAUUUAUCAACUAUGCUGGGGUCGGCUGCCAGUCUAACUGUGAUGUGGCUGUGUACGAGUGUUUGAUUUAGAUUCAUUUAAUACAACUAAUAAAACUUUAAAAUACGUCCUUAACGUGAAAAAAUCGCUUUGUUGGGAAAAUAAAACAUACUGGUAAUACGGGUCCUAUAUUUGAACUUGUCUCAAUAUUAUAGAUUACGUAAUCCAAAAGACGGUAAUUUUUUGUUUUCAUGCUUAUUUACUUUUUGUCUUUUUUAAUAUACCAGUGAGAAGAAGCAUUGCUUCCAUCACCUCGAAUCAAAUAAAAAAGACAAAAUAAAGGUAUAUUUAAUGUAGGUGUAACCUAGCCUUAGUUACAUAGUACAACGUUACGGUAGGUCGCUAUUAUAUACAUAAUGAUGAAAGAUUAUGUUAACAUAACCUGCUUAUUUAUUUUAAGGGAGAUACUCUUUCUCAAAAUAUUGUUUAUAGCCAAAAUUAGAAUAGAUCUGAAUGAACUAUUUAGGUAUAUAAAAGCAAAUAUAUUUUAUGGCAGCUCAGAGAUAUUACUCCAACUAAAAAUAAACAAUUUUGAAAUGUCUUUUUCUUUAAACAGUAUGUGGUUAAAAAUCAUAUUUUAUUACUUAUAUGGAAAUUAGGAACUCCUACUUUCCAUAUUUACAUUGAACUGAACUUGUUUUUAUUCAACUGCUCUAAGUCCUUUGGUCUAUAUAUACUAAUCACAAUCUUUCAAUAUAUACACAGUAAUGAUUACACCUGGGCUGAUGAGCUAAAGACGCCUCUAGUUAAGUGCGUUCUCAAAUGGAGCAUUAAUAUUAUAGUGUUGCACAAAUAUGUGCGCAGACGCAGCUACAUGUAUUCUCUGUUGAUCCACAAGGAUUACAAAUAGCGUAAAAUUAAAUAGAAAACAUCACAAUAUUAUUCCUAAUAGCCUGAUUUUGAGCAAUCUUAUUGGUGGUGUAAGGGAAAAUUGCCUUAUAGAAUAGAGAAACCGCCGAUAAGGGUGCUCAGAAAUCAUUGAUAGAUCUUUCUUUUUGUAUCGUAAUAAUAUAUUGUAUACUUCUUUAUUUCAUUUUAGAAUAUCAAAUCAUUUUUUAGGGUUCCGUAGCCAAAAUGGCAAAAACGGAACCCUUAUAGUUUCGUCAUGUCCGUCUGUCCGUCUGUCCGUCUGUCCGUCUGUCACAGCCGAUUUACUCGGAAACUAUAAGUACUACAGUGAUGAAAUUUGAUGGGAAUAUGUGUUGUAUGAACCGCUACAAAAAUAUGACACUAAAUAGUAAAAAAAAGAAUUGGGGGUGGGGCCCCCCAUACAUGUAACUGAGGGAUGAAAUUUUUUUUUUCGAUGUACAUACCCGUGUGGGGUAUCAAUGGAAAGGUCUUUUAAAAUGAUAUAAAGUUUUCUAAAAAACAUUUUUCUUAAAGUGAACGGUUUUUGAGAUAUCAGCUCUCAAAGUCGUAAAAAGUAUGUCCCCCCCCUCUAUUUUUAUAACUACGGGGUAUAAAAUUCUAAAAAAAAUAGAGGUGAUGCAUGCUAAUUAACUCUUUCAACGAUUUUUGGUUUGAUCAAAGUAUCUCUUAUAGUUUUUGAGAUAGGUUGAUUUAACUGUAAUUUACGGAACCCUUCGUGCACGAGUCCGACUCGCACUUGGCCGGUUUUUUUAUAUUCGAAAUAUCGUCUAUAUAUUUAAAAAAAUCCAUUUAUUUACACUGUGAUUGAAAAUGUUUUGUAUUUCAUACUAUCUCUGGUUUCAAAACGUACCUUCAAUCCAGUGGCGUAGCGUGGGGGAGGGCAGGGGGGGCACAUUCCCCGGGCGGCAGCUUUUAGGGGGCGGCAAAAUUUACCCAAUUAAAAAAAAAAUUGUUCGCAACUAGUAUCUGCGCCGCUACAUAAAACUGUCUAACAAUAACAAAACAUUAAACAAGUUGAAACUUUUUAUUAAACUUAAAAUUAAUUAUUGUUAAUAUUUGGUACUUAAAACACACGUGACACUACAUUUUACGUAAUCUUGGUUUUGAGUCUUAAAUAAAAAAUAAUUAAAAUUUGCUGCUAACCCACAGCGGGAAGGGUCAUUUGAUGAUUUUUAACGUCGAUACAAAAAAAACCUUUUUUUGAAGUCGGUUAAAAAUGACAAACGGCCAGUAACACUUUUAAAAAAAAUACACUUGAAGGGGCGGCAAAAUCGACAACUGCCCCGGGCGGCAGAUACCCACGCUACGCCACUGCUUCAAUCAUUCACUGCCAGCCAUUUAUCAUAUUGUUUUACAUAACUAUGUAGCUUAUAUUAAUUUUCAUAUAUAACAUAGAUCUCUAAAUACUAAAAUACUUUACAAUUUUAGUAAAUAAUUGUUAUUUUCUAAGAGUGAACGUGUAAUAAUGAUUAAUGAUCGCGUAGCAACGUAACUAUGUAUAAACUAAUGCAAUUAAUUUAAGUGUACAUUUUAUAAGAAUGUUUAUUUUAUUUCUAGUAAAGUAUUAUUUCUAC